AUGCAGAAGUCUGAGUCAUUAGGUUCACUUAAUUUACCAACAAAUUCAGAAAAUUUAAUAUUAACAUCAACAUUUAAUCCAGCAUCGAAACCUAGUUCUUUUUCAAAAAUGACACGGCGCAUGGAUAUUAUUCCUACACCGAACAGACCAGAUAAAUUAUUACCAUCUACUAAAACUCAAUCCUGUAGUAAUGAGGACAGCUCAGUAAUGAAUACUGUUAUAGCUACCGAAAGCAAUACUGCUUUCGAAGAUGAUCAUGUUUUGUGUGAUAAUCGACAAGAUACUUCAGUAAUACCGAAUUUAAUUCAUAAUCAAUCUCAUCAGAAAGAUCAUACAAGUGAUGAACAAGAAGAUGAUAAUCUAUUUGAUACAUUUAUUUGUGAGAACUUCGUUCCUUUUUCGGGAGCAGAACCCAUCAAUCAAUGGUUAGAUGAGACUGACGCCUUAUUUCAUCGCUUCAAGAUCUCACGUAAACUUCGUUUUCAAGCUAUACCUCUUUUAGUACAAGGCGAUGCGAAACGCAAAUAUAUCAAAAAUCGUCACGCCAUAAAAUAUUUUGAUGAUUUUUAUGAAUUUCUACUAACACAUUUCGAUUCAACUCCAGUAACAGUCAGUACUUCUAAACCUAGUCAAACUAAUCAUAAAGUUGAAUUUGCGAAAGAGUCUAUGUGCAUCAGUAACAUAACAACAGAUUCUAAAUUAAAUGUUGCGAAUAUAACUGAUGCUACUCAGUUGUCACAGCCAUCCGUUUCUUCUUAUAGUAAGCUUGCUAUUGAUGAUACCACCACAACGAGUGGUGAUGUGUCAGACUCUAACUUAUCUGGAAAUACUUCAACAAUUAAUCGUUUACCAUCAGAUCCAGUGAUAACAGAUUUACGCAAAGCUAUCGUAGCAGAUUUUAUACGAAAUCCAAAGAUUUUUCGUGGUAAUAAGGACGACGUGACAAAAUGUACUAACAGUAAUUAUCGUUCAAUACCACGAACUAGUUUUCGUGCUUAUCAAGGAUCAUCUAACUAUACAUCUGAUCCCAAUUAUGUAUCUAAACAGAAUCGAACACAGGCUUCUAACUCGAAUUAUUAUUAUCAGUCACCACGUCAUUCUUUAUCAACAAAUAAGUACAAUGAUAAUACAGGUAGUCGUAAGCAGAAAAAUAUACAACCACAUAAAAGUUUUGCACAACCUGAUAAUAAAGCGACUUCUCGCUCAGUUAAUGCAGUUUUUACAUCAACCUUACCACCUAAUCAUGAUGAUAAUCUUGACUCUCUUUCAACAGUAGUUUGUCAUCUCUCUGACGGUAUUGCAUCAUUUAAUGUUCUUGGAUCAGUAGAUUUAUCGGUUGAAUUUAAUAAUUUUUUUACUCCGAUAAAAGCUUACAUAGCUCAACAUUUAUGUACAGAUAUGAUAAUAGGCAUGGAUUACAUUAAUAAAUAUAAUAUGAAUAUAAAUGUUCAGAAACAGAUGGUUACUAUUCAGUUACAUAAUCAUCAUAUUGUAGUUCCGAUCGUUAAUGUAACAAAAUCUAUUAGAAUACCGGUUAUUUCUUCUACCACGGUAUUACUUUCUUCUAAUUCCACACGAAAAAUUCCAGUUGCCAUUCCUAUUUCAUCUAUUUCUUUACCAUUUAUUCCAGCUUCUUCAUUUAAAACUUACGUACUUGUUGACAAUAAGAACAAACAUCUUAACUUUCAAAAUUAUCGUAGUGAUCUUAUAUUAUAUAAUACCAAGAGAUUUCCAAAAGUCAUACGAAAAGGUACAUGUCUAGGACGUACUGGUAUGACUCCAGUAUCUAAUGACUUGACAAUAAAUAGUGAUUCUAGUAAUCGUUCAUCGAAAUUAAGCAACAAUAAUAAACAAUUUGAUGAUAUAUUCGAUAUUGAAUAUGGCUUAGCUAGUAAAUCUCGUUCGAUCUUAUCAUCAGCUACAUCUGAUAAUGAUACUAAGAACUUAACAUCAGAUUCAACAGUUUCUUCUACUAAUCCGAAUGUUUUAGCAGCCAUGACUCUAAGACCACGUAAAAAUCGAGUUUAUUAUACAAAACAACAUAUUUCUGAUGGAAAUAACGUGAAUAAUCAUCAUGAUUAUAUAGAUACAACAGAUUCUAGACACAAAAGAAAAACCAAACUAACAUCUACACUUUCACAAAAUUUUUUCGAUAUAACUAAGUUACAAGUGGAACAAGCUCGAGAUCCUAAGAUACAGAACAUAAUAAAAAAUUUAUCUACUAUAUCGAGUCAAAGUUCAUUUAUCUUAGAAAAUAAUAAACUGUACAAAUUAAUCAGUUCUCAGAAUAUUUCUAAUCGAAUCAUUAAAGCGUUAUAUUUACCAUCAUCAAUGAUAAAUUCUCUAUUGAAAGCAUGUCACGAUGAUCCAUUGACAGGCGCUCACUUUUCUACAGAUCGUAUGUACUAUAAAAUUCGUCCUCAUUUUUGGUGGCCCAAUCGUGCUAAAAGAUAUGGUCACUUACGUUCUAUUCCACCACCUGAAGGACCAUUCGCUCUAAUAGGCAUUGAUUUUUGUGGACCAUUACCUAGGACUCCUAGUGAGAAUCAAUAUGUGCUUAUUAUUACAGAUUAUUUUACGAGACAUAUAACAGCAUUAGCACUUCCAAACUGCACAGCAGAAACUGCAGCGCGCGCCUUAUUCGAUGAUUGCUUUUGCAAGUUUGGUAUACCGUCAGUUAUCUUAAGCGAUCGUGGAACACAUUUUCAAAAUAAGUUAAUGGAGAAUCUACAACAUCUCAUAGGAUACAAUCAUAUAUAUAGUACUCCAUACCAUCCCCAAACAAAUGGUAUCGUAGAGCGUUUUAAUGCUACUUUUGUAACUCAGAUUUCAAAGUUACAAAAUGCUCAACAUAACAAUUGGGAUGAGUACUUGCAAGCCGUUGUCUUUGCUUAUAAUACAGGAGUACACAAGUCCACGAAAUUUUCUCCCUAUGAGUUACUAUACGGUCGUACUGCUCGUCUACCUAUUCAUAUACAACCUACAGAAUUUACCUUUCCCAAGCCUAAUGAUUAUUUUGAACAACUAAAAAAGACGUUGCGUAUAUUUCAUCAGGCUUCGCGUGAAAAUAUAUUAUUUCAACAACAAGCUAAUCAGGCGUAUUAUAAUAAGAAUCGUCUUGAUCCACAACUAAAAUUAGGAGAUAAAGUUUUAACUCGUGUUCAUGUUUCGAAAGGAAAAUUAGAUCCGAAAUUUUCUCCUAUUCCGAAAAUCGUUGUUGAAAUUCAUCACCCAAUGUAUGUAGUCGAAGAUGAGUGUACGCACAUAAGAUCCCAAGUACAUAUAAGCGAUUUACGACCGAUCAGUUUUGAAUGA